UCACAACGGUCUGCUUUGAACACAACAUCAAUUAGAAGAAAUCUUCAGAACAGUAGAGGAUCCUUAGCAUGAUACGCGUCCACGUGGAUAACUAUGCGCCCAAGUACUACAGCGGCAAAUGGUCUUGGGACUCGAAGAAGGACGUGCUACACUUUGAGCCGCACAAUGAUCUGGAGGAUGCCAAGGACCGCUACAUCACAACAAACAGCUUCAAGUUCUUAAGAACCAUAACACAGGAGGAAGAGCUCGUAUUCCGGCAUGUCUUUGUGAGAUCUGACACGACCUACGACACCGAUGCAGUGGUGCUCAACGAUAUAAGAGAUCUGGUGCUCUAUUUUAUGCCACGUGAAUUUCUGACAUACAAGUUUGUCGACUUUAUGCACCAUCGGGCGGUGUACCAGCUGCUCCAUUCGCUGACCAUCUACUUUGAGUACUUUCUCCGAAUGGUGGAAUUUGUAAUGAUCCGCCGCGACGAGCUCUCCGGCAGCAUGGCCCAAAUCCAGAGCGAACAAACGAAUGACAUGAAGCGGGUGUUCUCCAUGUAUCUCAGCCAAUAUCGGAUGCUGGUGGCCCGCAACUACAGCAUAAUCAUCAAGGGGGAGGGCGACUUGGGCAAGUACUACCACAUGAAGGAGAUUGUCAACAUUUCGGCCACCAUUUGGGACAAGAACUUCCACGAGCAGUUCCUCGCGUGCAGCAUUCAGAUCGUGUGGAUUGCAAUGCAUCGCCGGGCCUACAACAUCAUCGAAAUGGAGAUGAAUCGUUUGUUCAGUUCGGAGCACUUUGUCACGGCUCGAAUGGAAUAUCCCAUUUUUACGCCAGUGGAGAAGAGUCUACUUUAUGGGCGAAACAACAAGAUUGUGAACUAUCGCAUGCAGGUGUCGCCCCUCAUUCAGGAGUUGCAGAAUCCCAAAAAGGAGGAUCUGCCCAUUCUGUGGAUCGGGGAUCGCAAGUAUCGCGGCACAGACAUUCGCAUAAUGGAGAUGGAAAUGGAGUACAUUGUGCCGGCGCCGCAACUCCGGCUGAUUGAUGUGACCCACGGUAUUUUGGGGCAUCCCAAGCGGCUCUACAACACCAUCCUGGAGCUGGAUUGGCCCGCUGUGCGCUACUCCAACUUCUCGCUGAAGCACGAUCCGUACUUCAUCGUUCGACAGCCGCGCUUGGCCAUCCCAAAGAUGGAUGCCACGAAGCGGUGCCUGAUGGCUAAGACCUACGACAAUUUCUUCAAAAUCAAUGAGAUCUACGAUCUGCCCUCCCAUGCACUAAACAUCAAGUGGGUGAAACGCGACAAGCUCAUCAAACAUUAUCGUUCGGGUGGUCUGCUCACGAACACCCUGCUGCGUGCCGAGAACGAAGUGAACAGCACGAGCCUCGGGCCCAGCGUGGAUCAGAUUAUUGCCGAUUACAAAAAGGCCAAAGCGAAGCAUCGCAAGCAUUAAAAUUUGAUUUUCCUUCCUGU